GGCCGUGCUUCUGUGAGGGUUCCGGUGAUUGGUUGGCGAUUUUUCUUUUUCGGAGUGGGGGGGUGGGGGGCAGUGUGUGUGUGUGUGCGUGCGUGCGUGCGUGCGUGCGUGCGUGUGUGUGUGUUCGUGUGAGCCUCACGUUCAGGCAAAGAGGGGCGACUGGAGGGGAUCACUUCCAUGGACCAUCUGUCUGCCGCGGCUCAACAAAGAAGGAGGACGCAGGAUGGUGUUAGUCCAUGUCGGAUAUCUGGUUCUCCCCGUCUUCGGCUCGGUUAGAAAUAGAGGAGCACACUUCACCAGGCACCAACACAGCCAUGCUACCUCCUGCCGACACUUUCACCUGGGCGCCCCGCAGGCGCCCAUCUCGGCCGAGUUCCCUUUAGGACACGCCGGCCAGCCCGCUCAGACGGGCCUGCCCAACCACCUCCCCCCCGCACACCAUCCACCCCUCGCUACCUUGCCCGCCGCCCCGCAGUUCCAGGACGUAUCGGGGCCUCCGUUCCUACCUCAGGCCUUACACCAGCAAUACCUCAUCCAGCAGCAGCUUCUAGAGGCGCAGCACCGCCGGAUUCUCCCACACUCCAGAAGGAACCAGGAGCGGGUUCCCCUCAACCCGCACAGACUGCGCUCCGCCUACGAGUACUCCCCACCCCUCCACGCCCCGCAGCCGGUGACACAGCAGCCCAGGUACCUGGCUGAAGGCACCGACUGGGAUCUCAGCGUUGACGCCGGCCUCCCUCAUCACCAGUACCACCUCCAGCAGCUGCCGCAGCACUACCAGCACUACCUGGCCUCCCCCCGAAUGCACCAUUUCCCCCGGAACACGUCUUCUGCACAAGUGGUUGUGCAUGAAAUCAGAAACUACCCGUACCCCCAGCUGCACCUGUUGGCAUUGCAAAGUCUGAACCCUUCCAGGCAUGCUACUGCGGUGCGGGAGAGCUACGAGGAGCUUCUUCAGUUGGAAGACCGGCUGGGCAGUGUGAGCAGAGGUGCAGUGCAGACCACCAUCGAGCGAUUCACCUUCCCACACAAAUACAAAAAGAGGAAGCCCUUGCAGCUGAAGCUCGGGGAAGAAGAGGAGGAGACGGACGUGGAUGAGAAGUGUACAAUUUGCUUGUCCAUGCUGGAAGACUGCGAGGAUGUCAGGAGGUUACCCUGCAUGCACCUCUUCCACCAAGGCUGCGUGGACCAAUGGCUGGCGACCAGCAGGAAGUGUCCAAUCUGUCGCGUUGACAUCGAGACACAGCUGAACGCCGACAGCUGAUGAUAUUUUCUACCCCCACGCCAUUUCCUACCCCGCUCCUGCUUUCUUCCAUCCUCCUCCUCUUCUCACCCCCCACCGGGUGCUUUUGCCAAAUGUCUCCUAACUUUUGAUGUGAGAUCUUUGUUUUCUUUUGGACUCUCGCUUUACUGAUCCAAGCCAAGGAGUAGAAGUGCAAGAGAACUCUGUCUCGGUCCCCCCCGCCCCCCCCCCCCCCCCCCCACCCCUUUCACUCUUUCUACAGAACACAAGCACAUCCGCACACACUAACAAGUCGUGUACACAGGGUUUCAUUGUAGCUUGCUGGUUUUACGUGGUGACCGUGCUGGUGGUAGUGUGGUGCAGGGGUUCUCAAACUUUUUCGGUCCAGGAACCCUUUACAGAGGAGAUUUUUUUAAACCCACCCCCCAUAAUCAAUUAAGCAUAACUUCCAUGUGUACCUCUAAAUGUCACAGGAGUGAAAAAGUUGCCUGUUUGCGAGGGGAAAAAAAAAAAAGUUACAAAUUCAAUGUUUUCGAGACAGACAAAAAAGUUGUAAUGUUAUGAGAAUUAAGUUGCAAGCAGUAAUCGUUCCAAGAAAAUAAUGUAUUUUGUCGAGAUAAAAAGUUUACGUCUUAUAACAAUAAAGAUAAAGUAUAAUAAGUUUAUGAUAUUAAAGUCUGUGUAACAUGAAAAUAAACAUCUUCUAAAUUUGACACACCACAUAGAUAAGUGUUGUUAACAACCCUGCAAAUUUAAAUAAUAAAAAAUACUUCAUCUUUCUUAUGCCUACACAUCCUUACAUGUUUUAGCCACAAAAAUAUAUCUGCUUAAAGGCUCCGGUGGCUAAAAUAUAUCCCACCGGGUCGUCACGGGGCUUUCUAUGCUGCAACGAGCCACAAGCUUCCUCCCUUAGGAAUUAUAUAAUGACACCGAGCUGCUCUGUAAAUUGUGACAUCCAGUGAAGAUGUAUUUUCAGUGUGUAGGCAUUGCUAGCUAGCAAACUGCACGCUGUUGCCGAAGAAAUGGGCCUCGUAAUUAUAAUAAAAUGAUUCCCAAUUUCGCUGGAAAAGCACUGAUGCAAACAGAGGCACUCAGUUCUUCUAUAGUGGGGGAUGGACGGCGGGAGGGAGGGACUCAUGCCAGAUGCCCACUCUGCAGUGUUUUAGCCACGGGCCAAAAAAUGUGGAAAGUUGAAAUGGUAAAAAAAAUUUAACGCUGUAGCUCUACAAUUUAGUACUACAUAGUUCUAGUCUUUGCACAUUUUCAGCAAUUAUCUUCAAAGGUGUAAUGUAUUAAGAAACAAAUCUCAGAAUUCACUUUACAGGGUCUUUAACAUCAACGUUUAAGGAUGAAAGUCAUAUUUUAAAAAGUGAAUUUAAAAGAAAAUAUAAUUUAUUCUCACAAUAUUAUGCCUUUAAUCCAAGGAAAUUAUUCUCUAAAAGAUGGGACUAUAUUCUUGAAAAAGAUUAACCCCUUUGUUCUUGGAAAAAUGUCUUUAUUCCAGGAAAAAUAGUAAUCAUAAUUAAAAAAAAAAAAACGUAAUUCAGGCAAGCAUGUCAGAUUUAUGUGAUGAUACAUCACAGGCAUAUCAGAGCUUUUAAUUGGCCCAAAGCUAACAUAGGAGGGAGUAAUUGUUAGUUUUUUUUUGUUUUUUUUUUGCACUUUUUUUCCAGUGAUAUAAUAAUUUUUUUCGUGAACACCCAAGCUCUAGCUCACAGACCCCAGAGGGUCCGGGGACCCCAGUUUGAGAACCACUGGAGUGUAGGCGCCUCCGGGCUGUGUAGCAUUUCCUUAAAGCCAUGACUUUAACGUCCCAUCGCGACUUGGCUCUCUUUCUAGAUUCUCUAUGACUCUUCUCUCUUUUUCCUUCUUCCUGGAAUACAAAAAUGUCAUGUUUACCUUUUAUGAUCGUAGAGUAGCAGCAAACCUGUGUGGCGUGCCGCCGCCCCGCGUGCCAUCUCUGGCGUGUUUUAAAUCUAUCGUGCAGCUUUUACUUUUUGGAAUCAUGUCGACGCCGCCGGCCGCCGAGCUGCCCAACAAUUACAGUUCAAACUAAGACAUGAGUUGCAAGAGGGUUGCCAAAAGAAAAAGUUGGAACCUUUCCAUGGGAAAUAAUGGGUAGAAAUGUGUUGUUUAUUUUAGAACGAUUUUAUUUGAAAUAUUAAAAAUGAUUAGUUAAUUCUUAUAUGCUGUAAAUAAUAAAAAAUAAAAAAUGUGAAGUUAAUUUGAUUAUUAAUUACAGUUCUUAUUUUUUUUAUUUUAUUAAAAAUAUUCUUAAAACUAUUAAUUAAUUUCUAGUUAGCGUCUUCAGGGGCUGAUGGAAGAUUUUUCGCCUAGACCGUUUUUCCCGAGCAAAAUACAUUCAUCAACGGGGGUGCAGGGUGGGCUUUUUAAUGCCCACCAAAAAACGUUUGGAUGCACGCCCCUCGUCAUUACUUUUUCUCAAGUUAUUUUUUAAAUUAUUAAUUGUAUUGUUUUAUUUUAGACUAUUAUUACAAAUUAUUAGUUCCUCCCCAUUAAUUGUUUCUUUUUUUCUGUACUCGUUCCCAAAUUCUUCGGCCCAACUCCCCAUGGAAAGUUUCUGGCCAAUUUCCCCGCCCUCUUUUGCGACUUGAGCUGCCAAAAAAACUUUGCAUGCGCGCUAGCCUUGUCGCGCACAUUAGCACAACGCUUCCUUCCGGUAAACGUGAAUUACAGGAUGCUUAUUACAACAAAGCCAAAAAAAACAAAACAAAAAAAAAAACAUGCUGUAAAAUGGACGCUAUCUUGCGCUGUUGCAGUAUAGUUGUACUAGUAGUAGUAGUAGUAUGCGGGGAGCUUUAGCUCUACCCUCGUUAGCUUCAGAUCGAAAACUGCAUGAGUUUGUCGUCCCGGCAGCUUAAAACUAUGAAGAUGGCGUCCUCCCCCCCCAACGCUAAAGAACAAGCACAGGCUUCUUAUUAGCUCCUACGUGAAUGAGUGUUUUUUUCCCCCUUGCCUUGUGGUUGCUAUGCCGGUUGCUAUGCUGUAUUGCUGUAGAAUGUGACGUGCGACGGAGGCAGCCUCUCUCUCGCAGUGCACAAACAACGACACAAUGAAUUCACAUUUAAACGUGAUGCUGCCCUUUACGCACUGUGAUAGUCCAUUAUGUGUAUUAUAAUUUUUUUAUGUUGUUGUUUUUUUUGUCUUGUGCACUGCCAGUGUCGACACUGCCUCCUCCUGUGAUGACGAAGUGUUCAUAGUUUACACAGGGUGUUGUCCAUUGAGAUGCCUUAAGUAUUUAACAAUCAUAAUUUAUUACUAACUGUAGAUAUGGUGGCUAUUUAAUUUUGUAUUUUUUGUUUUUGUUUUAGUCGAAGGGAAUUAUUUAUUUGGACACACACACACACAAAUGCUAUAAAAGAAGAAAAAAAAAUUACCUCAUCUUUUGCAUUGUCUCCAGUGCUUUGCAUGCAGCUGUACGGGAAAACACUAAAGGUAUAUUUACACACAAAAAAAUAUUAUUGUUAGCACUGCUGCUGCUGCUCUCUGUUAAAGGCUCCCCCUCCAUCCUCCAGUGGUGCUGUGGAUCUCGCUGACAUUCCAUCCCAUGCAACACUUGCCAAUGCUGUGACUUAAUAUUUACUGCAAUGGAGUCGACUGGUUCUUCUUAUUAUAAUUUCUUUGCACUGUUAAGAUAAGGGAACCCUUUCACUGGCAACUCUGUACUUUUCAAUAUUUACCGUAUCUCCCCCCCCCCAAACAUUUACUGUGUAAAUCAGUGCCUCGGUUUUUGUGUUAUUUCCACGUGAUAAGCCUUAACGGUUGCUUCAAUGGAUGAGCCAAGAUAACAGAAAAAGCCAUUGUCGGCCGGUCAUGUCGGGGGGUGGGGGUGGGGGUGGGGGUGGGGGUUCGGGAUAGCCCCAACACCAGUUUCAUCAAUUGACAUGAAAUUAGGUGGACGUGUCGAUUAUAACAGAAUACAUGAAAAAGUCUCAAGGACCCGUGACUGAAAUUGUAAAGGAAGUCAACCAUUUGGGUUAAAUUCCAAUGCUCCCCUGGAAAGUUUGAAAAAAUUAUCCCCCGACACCAGUUGCACCCAUCGACUUGAAAUUGGGCGGACGUGUUGAUCAUAACAAGCCGCACAAAAAAGUCUCAAGGGCCCAUGCCUGAAAUUGUACAGGAAGUUGUCUAUUUUUGGUGAAUACCCCAGCGAAUACCCCAGCGAAAAAAAUUAGCCACAGCCAGUUUCACCAAUCAACAACAAAGUAGGUGGACAUGUCUAUCAUAAGAGGAUGCACGAAGAAGUCUCAAAGACCCAUGCCUGAAAUUGAACAUGUUGCUAGCCAUUUUCUUGCAAAAGUGCGAGGGCCCGUUGGUGGCUGCUUGUUUUGGAUUGUUCAUGUAUCAGAGCUUUAGAUCUUGUGGAAAUAAUGAUUUACCAACAGAAAGGCACACUUUUUUUCCUUUUUCAUCCCUCCUCUCAGUUUCCUUUGACAGUGUACGGAAAGUUUUAAAGCACAACUGCAUGUUUUCUCAGGUUUCAAUACACUGAUUCAAUGGCUUGAGAUUGAAUUUGCAAAUAAUGUAUUUUUUAAAUGUCUUCAUUGUGUUGCUUGAAUCCGGACAACACAUGGAAAUAUCUCCCCCCAAAAUAAAAGAGUGCCAGUGAAAGGGCUGCCACCAUCCUUGUGUGUGUCUAUAAAUCUGCUGUUUUAGCCGUGACUGCGCAAUGUUUUUCAAUAUAGGAUAUUUUAUCUGAAAAUAGAACUAUUUAUCAUUAAUAAAGCAAUAGCGCAUUAAUGUUGAUGAGUGUGUGCGACGUGGAUGAGCAUAUUGCGAAUACGUGUUAGAUUCACGCGUGGUGGAAUUUUUUGUACCUUAUUUAUUCUUACUACUAAUGAUGAUGAUUUAAAAAGUGGCAUUGCUAAACCCAAACUUUUUUUUUUAAUUAUUAUUGUUUCAUGGCUUGUAUAUUAUCCUUUUGUAUGUGCUCUUUUUGUAAUAAAAUGGUAAAAAAUAUA